AUUCUCGACACUUGACACGUUCAGAGCAAAAACCGAACGGAACUGUAUACAUUUCUUCAAAAAAUUUGUGUGAUAAUUUUACAAUAAUCAUGGCGAAGCAGAUGAAGAUCAUCGGCAAUUGUCCAUUUUGCCAACGUGAGGUGGGCAGUGAUAUGCGUCCCAUUAACCAGCUCAAUAUGGACCACAUCAACAUUCUGGCCAACGAGUUAAAGGAUAUAUAUCCAUCAGAAUCGCAUGUUAGCAAAGUGAGUACACAUAAAUUGGGUGAUCCAAAGGAUUCAAAUUCAGCAAUUGAAUCAACUCAAAAGGGAAACGAAUCUAUUGCCGCGAUAACUGACACUAUGUUGAAUAUGGUGACAGAACAGUUUGAGCGCCUCCCAGACUCUGAGAAUCACAUUCCUGAGGAUCAUGCAGAGCUCAUUCUGGCUAUGCUGUCGGAAGAACAACAUACAUACGAAAAGUUUUUGAACAAAAAAACUUCUGUGAAUCCAAAACCACCGCUUAAGCGCAAUAAAUAGCAUGUUUCCAACUA